AUGGGGUCGCUGUUCCGGAGCGAGAGCAUGUGUCUGGCGCAGCUCUUCCUGCAGGCGGGCACGGCCUACGAGUGCCUCAGCGCGCUGGGCGAGAGGGGCCUGGUCCAGUUCCGAGACCUGAACCAGAGCGUCAGUUCCUUCCAGAGGAAGUUCGUUGGUGAAAUGAAGAGGUGCGAGGAACUGGAGAGAAUACUGGCAUAUUUAGUGCAAGAGAUUAACAAAGCCGACAUUCCCCUUCCCGAAGGAGAGACCAGCCCGGCCGCGCCGCCUCUGAAGCAGGUGUUAGAAAUGCAGGAACAGUUGCAGAAACUUGAAGUGGAGCUGAGAGAAGUGACGAAGAACAAGGAGAAGCUAAAGAAGAACUUGCUGGAACUGAUUGAAUACACCCACAUGCUGAGGGUGACCAAGACCUUCGUCCGGCGCAGCGUCGAGUUUGAACCCACAUGUGAAGAAUUCCCUGCCCUGGAGAACGAUUCUCUGCUGGACUACAGCUGCAUGCAGAGGCUUGGAGCAAAGCUGGGAUUUGUGUCUGGUCUUAUUAACCAAGGAAAAGUGGAAGCAUUUGAAAAAAUGCUGUGGAGAGCCUGCAAAGGGUACACGAUCGUGACCUGUGCGGAGCUGGACGAGCCCCUCGAAGACCCUGAAACGGGAGAAGUCAUAAAGUGGUAUGUGUUUCUGAUAUCCUUCUGGGGAGAGCAGAUUGGCUACAAGGUUAAGAAGAUCUGUGAUUGUUACCACUGCCACGUCUACCCAUACCCCAACACGGCCGAGGAGCGCAGGGCAAUCCAGGAGGGACUCAACACGCGCAUCCAGGACCUCUACACUGUGCUCCACAGGACUGAGGAUUACCUGAGGCAGGUGCUGUGCAAGGCCGCUGAGUCGGUGUACAGCCGCGUGGUCCAGGUGAAGAAGAUGAAAGCCAUCUACCACAUGCUCAACAUGUGCAGCUUCGAUGUCACCAACAAGUGCCUCAUCGCGGAAGUCUGGUGCCCCGAGGCCGACCUGCCAGAGCUGCGCCGGGCACUGGAGGACGGCUCGAGAGAGAGUGGAGCCACGAUGCCCUCUUUCAUGAACACAAUCCCAACGAAAGAAACCCCGCCGACCCUCAUCCGCACCAACAAGUUCACAGAGGGCUUCCAGAACAUCGUGGAUGCCUACGGAGUGGGCAGCUACCGGGAAGUGAACCCAGCUCUCUUCACCAUCAUCACGUUCCCCUUCCUGUUUGCCGUGAUGUUUGGAGACUUUGGUCAUGGCUUCGUGAUGUUCUUGUUUGCCCUCUUGUUGGUGUUAAAUGAAGACCAUCCCAGACUGAACCAAUCUCAAGAGAUCAUGAGAAUGUUCUUCAACGGCCGGUACAUCCUGCUGCUGAUGGGCCUGUUCUCAGUGUACACGGGCCUCAUCUACAACGACUGCUUCUCCAAGUCCGUGAACAUCUUUGGCUCUGGGUGGAACGUGUCUGCCAUGUACAGCUCGAGCCACCCCCCGCAGGAGCUUCAGAAGCUGACCCUUUGGAAUGACAGUGUCAUCCGGCACAACAGGAUCCUGCAGCUGGACCCCAGUGUUCCUGGAGUCUUCCGUGGCCCUUACCCCUUCGGCAUUGACCCCAUUUGGAACUUGGCCACCAAUCGUCUAACUUUUCUCAACUCUUUCAAAAUGAAGAUGUCUGUGAUUUUAGGAAUUACUCAUAUGACCUUUGGAGUCAUCUUGGGGAUAUUUAACCACUUGCAUUUCAGGAAGAAGUUCAAUGUCUACCUGGUGUCCAUCCCGGAGCUGCUGUUCAUGCUUUGCAUCUUUGGGUACCUCAUUUUCAUGAUCGUCUACAAGUGGCUGGUGUACUCUGCGGAGACCUCCAGGGCCGCACCCAGCAUCCUGAUUGAGUUCAUCAACAUGUUCCUCUUCCCAGCAAGCCAGACGAUUGGUCUGUACCCCGGGCAGGAGCACGUGCAGCGACUACUGCUGGUGGUCACCGCGCUGUCCAUCCCCGUCCUCUUCCUGGGAAAGCCCCUCUUCCUGCUGUGGCUGCACAACGGGCGGAGCUGCUUCGGCGUCAGCAGGAGCGGGUACACACUGGUGAGGAAGGACAGUGAGGAAGAGGUGUCCUUGCUGGGAAGCCAGGACGUGGAGGAGGGGAACGCCCCGGCGGAGGACGGGUGUCGAGAAGUCAGCAGCGAGGAGUUCAAUUUUGGAGAAAUUCUGAUGACUCAAGUGAUUCAUUCCAUCGAGUACUGCCUGGGCUGCAUCUCCAACACAGCUUCCUACCUGAGGCUCUGGGCGCUUAGCUUGGCGCACGCACAGCUGUCGGACGUGCUGUGGGCCAUGCUGAUGCGCGUGGGCCUCCGCGUGGACACCACCUACGGCGUCCUGCUGCUGCUCCCCGUCAUCGCCUUCUUCGCCGUCCUGACCAUCUCCAUCCUUCUGAUCAUGGAAGGCCUUUCUGCUUUCCUUCACGCCAUACGCCUGCACUGGGUGGAAUUUCAGAACAAAUUCUACGUCGGCGCUGGCACCAAGUUUGUUCCCUUCUCAUUUCGCCUCCUCUCGUCCAAGUUCAGCGACAAUGACCUGGCCUGA